AUGUCUUCCACCCCGGCAGCUUCGGCAGACGACAUCGCCAAACACGGAUGGAGCGCGGUGCCACGUGAUGCCAACGCCAUCCUCAAGGGCAAACCCUACCUCCAUAAGCCAUCCGCUCUGAAGCUGGCUGAUAUGCCCUUCCCCGACGAUGACCCCGUCGUCGCUAAGGUGCAACGUUACGCCAAGAAGCAUCUGCUCGAGCAGACAUACAACCACUCGAUGCGUGUAUACUACUGGGGUCACUCCAUCAUCAAGGCCCAGUUCCCAGAGCACGCGAGCAAGCUCUCCAUGUCGACGUGGGCGCUGGCCUGCCUACUCCACGACAUCGGCACCACGCACUCCAACCUGCGCGCCACGCUCCUGUCAUUCGAAUUCUACGGCGGCAUCUUGGCGUUGAACGUCACGAAGGACAGCGGCGCACCACAAGUCCAGGCCGAAGCCGUCGCGGAGGCUAUCAUCCGCCACCAGGACCUGGGCACGGUCGGUACGAUCACGUUCCUUGGGCAGGUGAUUCAGCUCGCUACUGUGUAUGAUAAUAUGGGGUUCCAUCCGGAGCUGGUUGAUGAACAGACGAGGUUGGAGGUCAAUAAGGGAUACCCAAGGAAGGGGUGGAGUGGCUGCUUUUCCAAGACGAUAAUGGAGGAGAAUGGGCUGAAGCCUUGGGCGCAUACGACGCAUUUGGGCGAGGAGGACUUUCCGGAGGGGGUUAGGGGGAAUGAGCUAAUGAAGGAUGUGGAUGGUUGGGGGUUGUAG